AUGGCGCGAGAUGAGAUGAAAGAAAAUACAGAAACAUGGGUUUUGAUAGUAGAAUCAGGUGCUGUUUUGUAUGAUAAAGAAGUAGAUAGUAUGGCAAUCUUGCAACCGCGGAAUGAAGAAUUAGCGGUGAAGAGAAGGAUGGCGAAACAAAAAGAAAAGGUUCUUACUAAAUUUGAUGUAGCAAGAAUUUGGGGUUAUAGUUCGGUGGGAUGGGAGUAUGUGGAGUCGGCAGGGGCCUCUGGGGGUUUGUCGCUCAUUUGGGAUGAUGAGUUGUUCAAGAGAAAGGAGAACCGGGUUGUAUGGGAGGAGUUGAGUUAUGUUGCGGGUCUCUGUCAGGUGCCUUUCUGCUUUUUCGGAGAUUUUAAUGAAAUUCUACAUUUCAAAGAGUGCAAAAGAACUAGUAGUGUACCAGUGUCAGCGGAAGAGUUUGAAAAUUGGGUACAGGAUAUGCAGUUGGUGGACUUGCCUCUGAAUGAUAGGAAGUUCACAUGGUUCAGGGGUCGAUCUUGCAGUCAGAUUGAUAGGGUUCUGGUUAAUAUAGAGUGGGUGGAGGAAUUUUCUGAUGUUCGACUAAAAGGGGGCCCUAGAGGGCUGUCAAACCAUUGUCUGUUGAUUGUGGAGGAUAAGAGAGUUGGUGAUGGGCCACGAGCUUUUAGAAGUUUGGAUUCCUGGUUUACGCAUGAGGGCUUUCUGAGUAUGAUUAAAAAUGAAUGGAGAAAAUUGGGAGAGGCUCAGUUUACUAGUAAGUUGAAGGCUUUGACGGGUCCUUUACGUCUUUGGGACAAGAACAAUUUCAGGGGCAUGGACAAGAGACUGCAGACGCUUGAGGAGGAGAUUAGGAAACUGGAUAAUAUGGUGAGUGAAGGUGUCUGA